AUGCAGAAUGAUGAAGAACCCAACAGGGAUUAUGAUCUCACAACCCCAAUCACUUCCACUUCGGGACUUCGUCAGGGCCUAACCUCCUAUGGGGAUGCACACUUCUCGCUUUUCCUUCGCAAGGUGUUUAUUAAGGCACUUGGGUAUUCAGAAGAUGCGUUAUCACGUCCAAUUGUGGGAAUUAUCAAUACUUUCUCUGGUUACAACCCCUGCCACGCCAAUGUGCCCCAGCUCAUCGAGGCUGCUAAGCGCGGCGUGCAGCUUAAUGGAGGACUGGCGAUAGAAUUUCCUACUAUCAGUGUUGCUGAGUCCUUCUCAGCUCCGACUAGCAUGUUUUUAAGGAAUCUCAUGAGCAUGGAUACCGAGGAGAUGAUACGGGCUCAGCCAUUGGAUGCGUGUAUCAUGAUCGGGGGAUGUGAUAAGACGGUUCCAGCACAGCUGAUGGGUGGUAUUUCUGCCAACAAGCCGGUUCUACCUUUGAUCACCGGCCCCAUGAUGCCAGGGAGUCACCGCGGACAGCGUAUUGGUGCUUGCACUGACUGCCGAAACAAUUGGGCAGCAUUCAGAGCAGGCGAGAUUGAUGUUGAGGAGAUCUCAGCAAUUAAUGAAGAGCUUGCUCCCACGAUAGGGACAUGUGGUGUCAUGGGCACUGCUAGCACAAUGGCUUGUGUCACUGCUGCCCUAGGUAUGAUGCCACUCAAGGGUGCGUCUGCACCAGCAGUGUCAUCAGCCAGACUGCGAAUUGCAGAAGAAACAGGUGCAAAUGCAGUUGCAAUUGCCAAAUCCCAAAGAAAACCCCAGGAUAUUUUGACGAAGAAAUCAUUCUGCAAUGCUAUCACAGUUCUCCAGGCCAUUGGUGGCUCAACGAAUGCGGUGGUUCAUUUGUUGGCCAUUGCCAAUAGGCACCCAGAGCUUCAGGGAGUAAUCACUCUUGACACUUUUGAAGAGAUCGGACGCAGGACCCCACUGCUGAUUGAUCUCAAACCAAGUGGAGAUAACUAUAUGAACGACUUCCACAAUGCAGGAGGCAUGAUGGCGCUCUUGCAAGUGCUUCGGCCUUUGCUUCAUUUAUCUGCCUCGACGAUCACUGGGCAAACAUUGGGCGAGGUCUUAGAUGCAUCUCAGACCAAACUUUCCUUCGCACAGCAGAUCAUUCGGCCAAUGUCCGAUCCGCUAUUUCCCUCAUCUUCGUUGGUCGUCCUUCGCGGCAACCUUGCUCCAGAUGGAGCGGUUAUCAAAGCCUCGGCAUCCAAGUAUAGGCAUCUGCUCUCCCACACUGGACUGGCUGUAGUGUUCGAAAACUCAGCCGAUCUAGCCAAGCGUAUCGACGAUCCAGAACUCGCCGUUACGAAGGAUAGCGUGCUUGUCCUGAAAAACAUUGGUCCAGUUGGCAACCCCGGUAUGCCCGAGGCUGGCCUUAUACCGAUCCCAAAGAAGCUAGGAGAAGCAGGAGUCAAAGAUAUGCUGCGUCUGUCUGAUGGUCGAAUGUCAGGAACGGCCGGUGGUACCAUCAUUCUUCAUAUCUCGCCCGAAGCUGCGCUGCCAGAUUCCCCAUUUGGUGCAGUGGAGACCGGGGACUUAAUCAUCUGCGAUAUCGAGACUCGCAAGCUGCAAUUGGAUGUCUCUGAUUCAGUAUUGCAGGCUCGGAUCGAAAAACGCAAACAGGUCCUUGCAGGGGAUGUGCAGACGCGAAAGCAGCGGAGAGGAUACCGGGGGUUGUAUGAGCGGUCGGUGAACCAAGCUCAGGAAGGAGCAGAUUUUGAUUUCUUGACUGCUGGAGGUGCCAAUUAG